GGACUCUUCGGCACCUUCCACUAGCCAUCCGUCUCGCCUGUACCUGCAAAAAAUACUUGAUCUGAAGACGCACGCGCACAGAAACCUGGAAAAUUAUCCCCACCCUGCAACUGUGGGUGAAAUCGCCUUUAUCGCAGUAUAUAUAACUCUACCACUGCCCCAUGCCAGCGCCUUCCCACCACUGUGCCCAUACCCAACUUGCCCUUCCGCCGUCCAGAACAUGAGAUGUACCGCAGCAAGUAUUUGUUGAAGUCCCUACGUAAAGUUUUGCUCGUGGCGGCAGCGGUGCUCACCAUCGUCGGAGUGCUAGCCGCCUUGCAACAACUGCCCCACGACAACUCCAACACCCUCUCGUCCUCGUCGUCGCCACUGCUCCAGCUCCUGGUGGCCAACGCCGUGGUAGACGUGUCCAUCAUCAAGUGCUGGCGCUCCUCGUGCAAAGUGCCCGACGGCUACACCAAAGUGGUUCCGCUGUUGGAUCACGCCAACCCUGGCCACUUGUUCCGCUACUACCUCGUGGCCAAGCACCAGCCAGUGGCUACAGCCACCCGUGUGCUUGUGGAAUUGCAGUUGGGACCAUCCAAAAAGGACGUUCCUGGCGCCAAUGUGCCGCCAGACACAGAAUACACCGUGCUAGACGCCUACACGCUCACCAAGCGGUUUGUGGCCACCACCCCAACCGAGGGCGCCCUCCUGCCCGAUACUGAGGCCAUCCGUGACGUGGAGGUGUUGUUUGGCACCUCGGACUUUGCUGACGCCCGUCCGUUCCACCACGCAUCCCACUAUACUGCCGACGAGCAGGUCCAUCCCGUGGUGUCGGCACUCAAGAUCAGCGCCACCCAGGCUGACCACUACCUCAAGCAGCUCGCAGACUUCGAGGUGUUGAAGCAGGAAAUGACCUUCCCGUUCGAAGGUCCCAAGUUCAAAGUGUUGCAGUUGAGCGACCUCCAUUUUGGCCAAGCCACUGGCAAGCUCCAGGUCGACGGCUCGGUGUCGUCGGACCUCCGCACCAUCAGGUUCGUGGAACACUCGUUGGAUGAGGAAAAACCCGACUUGGUGGUGAUCACCGGGGAUUUAGUCGACCUCGAUCGCUCCAUCGACUACCGCUCAGUACUCCUCAAGGCAUUACAGCCAAUCUUGAGCCGCAACCUCCGAUUCGUGUUCACGUUCGGCGACGAGCUUCUUGGAAUUCCCAGCACCGAUGGUGAAACUUCGGCCCGCAUCAUCCUGUUCUUGAGCUCGUUGCCCAACUGCUACAACUCCAUGGCCGAAUUCAAGGCCCUUGCGCAUGGCACCGCCAAUUACAACAUCAAGGUGGUCAGGGAGGGUGCCGUAGCCGCUCACAUCACCGUCCUCGAUGCCCAUCAACAGAAAUUGGAGAACUCGCAAAUGAACUAUCUAUACAGAAUCAAUAACGACUUCAAGGACAUCUACAAACUCUUGUUCUUCCACUAUCCGUUGCCACAAUUCCGGCCUUUAGGAAAAUUCAAAAUCGUGGGCUCCUACAACGAAAAGCACCCGCUCAAUUCCAAAACCGACUCCAAGUUCCUCGAUGAUAUCAUCAACUGUGGGUACCAAGCGGUGGGCGUUGGGCACGAACAUGAAAAUGAUGCGUGCAUCCUCAGCGAACACGCGGACAACAGAAAGAUCUGGCUCUGCUACAACAGUGCCACCGGCGAUUCCGCCCAUACUCGCUUGGACUCGGAGUACGUCCGCAAGCUCCGGUUGUUCCAGAUCGAUUUCGAAAAAAAGGAGCUCUUGAGUUGGAAGCGCAACGAAAAGGAUAAGUCUGGUUUUGACUAUAUGAUGAUUCACCCUAUUCCUUGAUAUGGUUAGGGUGAGUAUGGGGUUUCAUCAAAUGCAUACUUAAUAUUAAUCUUCAAUUCUUCAAGGUUCUACAACUGGUACAUAUUUUUAAUGUUAUAUUUACG